AUAACAUUAAUGUCGCAUUGCGGCAUAAAAUUCAAUAGUUUGCGUUCGUUUCAGAAAUGAAUAUAACAGUUAACGUUGGACUAAAGGCUUUGCUAGAUUUUCACAUAUUCGUUUAAAAUGGCUAAUCAAUUAACAGAGGAGCAAACUGCAGAAUUCAAGGAGGCUUUUGGUCUGUUUGACAAGGAUGGUGAUGGCACAAUCACAACCAACGAAUUAGGAACAGUAAUGAAGUCUUUGGGACAGAACCCUACUGAAGCAGAGUUACGAGAUAUGAUCAAUGAGGUGGAUGUUGACGGAAAUGGUACUAUAGAUUUCCAAGAAUUUCUUACUAUGAUGGCACAUAGCCAGACUGAUGAUGCUGACGGAGAUUUACGUGAAGCUUUCAGCGUUUUUGAUAAAGAUAACAGCGGAACAAUUAGUGCAGCUGAAUUAAGACAUGUUAUGACAAACCUUGGUGAAAAACUUACAGAUGAAGAAGUUGAUGAAAUGAUAAGGGAGGCUGAUAUUGAUGGCGAUGGUCAAGUCAAUUUUGAAGAGUUUGCCAUGAUGAUGAAAGGGAAAUAAGCACUUUUUUGACGAGGAAAAAUCAACAAGAUAAAAUAAUAUGAUAAAAGAAUGUUGAGAGAUAAGGACUUUUUCAUAUAAAGUUUUUCUAGCGACACUUCCGAAGUGAAUAUCAUACAUUUUGAAGAUAUUUAAAUCCCUUUAGUAUCUUAUUAUUAGAACUUGUUACUUAAAAGAAUCACAUUAUGACAAUAGUCUAAAUAUAUUGCAUAUAUCAAGAACUUUGCUUCUUUUGCAAACAAGGUUAAAUAACGCUAUGUCAAAAUUACAUUUAUGUAGUAAGUAGAAAAUACGAAAUUGAAACAUUUAGCUGAAAUAAAAUGUUUCAAAAUG